UGUGAAUUUUGUUACUAAUUAUAGUAAGUGUAAAUUCAUUAGUGGUGAUCGGGAAAGUAUAAUCUUCCCGUUUUUAGCGGACGUUCCGCUUAUUUAGUGACACUUUCAUUGUGUCCUUUGUGCUUCGACCAGUUGGUCGGACAUAUUGCCAUAUCUAGAGUCUUUCUCUGGAAAGAAAGAAUUUUCAUAUACUCCUCACUUUUGGAUCCUCGUGAUACCUUGAUUGACUGAUUGAUAGUCAAAAUGGAAUACGAGCCUGAAGAUCCUAUCAACUCCCCUCUUCCUGACAAUAACCAUUUACUACAGACUAAUAUUGAGCCAGUCAAACCUGUUGAAUCAGUUGAAUCUCAGAUUCGCAGUAUAAUUCGGGCAAAAAGGACAAUGUCUUCUGACUCUUCUCACGAGUAUUUGUCAAAAACGAUUAAAAGGCUCUCCAUUGAAAAGAUGGACCCCCGCUCAAACAAUAAAUAUACGCUUGACUCUAAGGCGCCUUAUGUAGUAUAUAUCGAAAAAAUCGCCUCUUCUCUCUCUUCGUCCAUUCCGUCUUCUGAGGUGCAGAGCUCAGCCGUGGAACAGUUUGAUUCAAACUCUAACUCGGCCAACUCCAGUAAAAGCUCAUCUGAAAAAACAUCCGACACUAUGGACAUCAACAAUGCGGAUGAUCAUAUAGACAAAGCUAAUAGGAAGGGAAAAAAAUCUCCUUCAGGUAUUUAUGGUAUCAUCGCUUUUGGUAAGCGCAUUACAAAGUUUAUUGAGACAUUCAAAAACGCUUUUGAUCUUAAAACUAUCGGGAGUAAUAAAUUUUCUGUCCUUUUCGCUGACGACUACUGCCAACAGGUUUAUAGAGAGAGAAUCUUUCAAUAAACGUAUUAACCUUACUUUUCCCGGUGAAAAAUGGUUAGCUUAUAUUCCUUAAUUUUAAAGUCAUUAAACAAUUCGUUGUAAGAGGCAUCGACGACGACGACUCACCAGAGGAAAUACUGGCGAAUGUUCGCCCCCCUCCCGGUUGGGAAGUUAUGUGGAUCCCUCCCUUUGAAGUCUCAAGACUGAAAAGAGCUAUUCGCUCUAAAAAUAAAGAUAACGUAUUGGAGACAAAAUAUAUUGAAACAGAUUCAUAUAUCUUUCGUUUCAGAACUACUACUCCUCCUCCUAGUAUUAUAUACAUGGGAAAAAGGAUUACUCUUGAACCAUUUAUACAAAGAGUUGUGCGCUGUCACAGAUGUCAGAGAUACGGACACAAUAUAAAAAUUUGUCGCACUCCUGACACUAAUGCUAUUUGCCAUAGAUGUGGUUUGCUUUCUUCUUCACACAAUGGAGAUACCUGCGAUAAAGUCUCUCCGUGUUGCAUCAAUUGCAAGAGGCAUAAGCUUCUCGACACUGAACACGAAGCUUCGGACAAUAAGUGUCCAGUCUUUAGAAAUCAAAGAGAUAUUAAAAAACUCAUGGCCUAUAAUAAAUCACUCAAAAAGAGGCCACCGCUCUCAUGCAGGGUAUUGAUCCGGAUCCGGGCCCUGGUGUGGAUCAGGGUUGGACUCGUCCACCUCACGGGGU